CGGAAGAUCCGGAUACCCAAAAAGAAGGACCCACUUUUCUUGCUUUGUGUGGUGAACUUCCUUCAAACAAGUUUUAACAUUCUUUCCCCAUCACCAAAUCAAUUCAUAUUCCUAAACCCUAAACACAGAAACAAACAAUCCUCAGGUGAUUGUGAUUUUAUCCCCCAAACAAAACAUUCCCUCACUUCAAUUCCAGUUGCUCAAACAAAACAUGGUGGAUUUCGGUAGAGUGCAAAAGGAGCUUCAAGACUGCAACAAAGACAUCAAUGUCUCUGGUAUCCGCGUUAACCCUAAGCUCGACAAUCUCAUCAAUUUGAUCGGCACCAUUCCCGGCCCUGUUGGCACUCCUUACGAAGGCGGAACCUUCAAAAUCGAUAUCGAUUUGCCCGAUGCAUACCCUUUUGAGCCACCAAGGAUGAAAUUUGCUACUAAAGUCUGGCACCCGAAUAUUAGCAGCCAAAGCGGGGCCAUUUGCUUAGACAUUUUGAAGGACCAGUGGAGCCCAGCCCUUACUCUGAAAACGGCACUUCUUUCCAUACAGGCUUUACUCUCCGCCCCUGAACCUGAUGACCCACAAGAUGCGGUUGUGGCACAGCAGUAUCUUAAAGAUUAUCAAACUUUUGCAAGCACUGCUCGUUACUGGACAGAAUCGUUUGCAAAGACAUCAUCUCUAGGGGUUGAAGAUAAGGUGCAAAAGCUCGUUGAGAUGGGAUUUCCUGAAGGCAUGGUUAGGAGUACCUUGGAAGUGGUUGGUGGCGACGAAAAUUUGGCGUUGGAGAAGCUUUGUUCCGGCUAAUUAUAAUUGUUUAUGUUUUUUUUAAUCAACAAAGGAAGGAGAACCUUGAAAUCAAAUGAUAAAUAUGAAAUGGAAUUGUGUGUUUGUGAAUUUGUUUACCA